GCGCCGAGAAGGAGGCGGCGGGGGCGGAGGCGACAGCGGCGGCAGGACCGGGACGCAGCCGGGGCCGGCCUCGAAGUUUCCCGGUCGGACCCGCGUGGAGGAGGCGAUGGACUGGUCCGGGCCGAGCUCCCAGUGCAGGAAUCACAGUCAUGGCUCCCAUUGGUCUCCAGCACUUGGUCAUCGAAACAUCUCUGCCCAGGAAAACAAAGAACCAACAAAGGAAAAAGAAGCUUUGCCUCUUAUAGAGGACACUAGUAACUGUGACAUUGUGAAAGCUACCCAGUAUGGGAUUUUUGAGCGAUGCAAGGAGUUGAUAGAAGCUGGAUAUGAUGUCAGGCAACCGGACAAAGAAAAUGUGUCUCUUUUACACUGGGCUGCUAUAAACAACAGACUGGAUCUUGUAAAGUUUUAUAUUUCAAAAGGUGCUGUUAUAGAUCAGUUGGGUGGAGACUUAAAUUCAACCCCUCUACACUGGGCCAUCAGACAAGGACAUUUACCUAUGGUGAUAUUGUUACUACAGUGUGGUGCAGAUCCCACACUCAUUGAUGGAGAAGGGUUUAGUGGUAUCCAUCUGGCAGUAUUAUUUCAGCACAUGCCCGUCAUAGCAUAUCUCAUCUCAAAGGGUCAGAGUAUAGACACAACAGACUUAAAUGGGCAAACACCACUCAUGCUGUCGGCUCACAAAGUACUUGGACCAGAACCCACUGGAUUUCUUUUAAAGUUUAAUCCUUCUAUCAAUGUAGUAGAUAAAGUUCACCAAAACACUCCACUCCACUGGGCAAUUGCAGCAGGAAAUGUUAGUGCCGUUGACAAACUUUUACAAGCCGGUUCAAGUCUGGAUAUCAGAAAUAUCAAGGGAGAAACACCACUUGAUUUAGCUCAGAAAAACAGACAUCGGCUGAUUGUCCACAUGCUAACAGUAGAAGCUAAAAUAAGAGCAAACAAAAACUUAAGACUCUGCAGGUGGCUACAGAAAUGUGAGCUUUUCCUGCUGUUGGCGCUUUCCACGAUUACGAUGUGGGCAAUAGGAUACAUAAUGGACCUCAAUUCAGAUUCUUGGCUUUUAAAAGGAAGUCUUCUUGUUGCAGUGUUUUUUGUUACAUCUUUAUUUCCAAGGUACCUCGUGGGACACAAGAACCUCAAUUAUUUGCCAGCCAUUAUUUUGCUGAGCUCCAUUUUUUGGAUAUCUGUGACGUGGUUCAUCGUAUUUUUGCCUGAUUUAACAGGCACUCCUCUUCAGGUUUCUUUCUUUCUCAGUGUGAUUGGCUUCCUCUACUUUUUCUACAAAACCUGGGUCACUGAUCCUGGCUACUCCAGAACUUCAGAAGAAGAAAGGAAAACGAAUAUCAUUGCCCUUGCAGAAGCUGGUUGCCUGGAUUUCAGAACAUUUUGCACAACCUGUCUUGUGAAGAAGCCAUUAAGAUCCCUCCACUGUCCUGUCUGUAAUUCCUGUGUGGCUCGCUAUGAUCAGCACUGCCUGUGGACUGGACGCUGUAUAGGUUUUGGAAAUCAUCACUAUUAUAUAUUCUUCUUAAUUUUCCUUGCCAUAGUCUGUGAUUGGAUGUUAUAUGCAACUCUUCUCUAUUGGUCCAAUCAUUGCACUACAACCUACAGUCAAGAUGGAGCCUGGACCUACCUCAAUCAGAUUGUGUCCUGUUCUCCUUGGAUUCUAUAUAUCUUCAUGCUGGCGUCUUUCCAUGUAUCAUGGUCUACUUUUUUGUUAUUAAAUCAGUUCUAUCAGAUUGCAGUUUUGGGCUUGACGUCACAUGAGAGAAUCAGCCUGGUGAAGCAGAGCAGGCACAUGAAACAGGCUUUUUCACUCAGGAAGACACCAUACAACCAUGGAUUCACUCAGAACCUUGCUGACUUCUUUCAGUGUGGAUGCUUUGGCUUGUUCAAGCCUAGUGCUGUGGAUUGGACCUCCCAAUACACUGUGGUAUUUCACCCAGCCAAAGAGAAGGUUUUACGCUCUGUAUGAAGAAAAGCAACACCAAAUUCUGAAAUAUAAAUCUGACUUUGUUGGGCUGGGGCACGGAAACAAUUGAAGUUCAGAAGUUUAUCUAAACUGAAGCUAACCCUCAAAUGAAAGCAUUCUUCUAGGUCUUCAUAUAUUAGACAAAAUGGGGGCCUUUCAGACAGCUAACCUCAUUGCACUUUGUAGUUUCAACAAGAUAAACUUUUCCUGAAUUAUCUCAGCAAGUUCCUUAAACUCCUUUGAUAUACUUUUUUUUCACCAGAGAAAUGCCACUGUUAAUUUUUUUUUAAUUUUGAAGAUUAUAUUCAUUGAUUGUGGAUAACAUGUAUUAUAUUUUCACAUUGUAUUGGCUAAUUCAAAAUAGUUUUAUUCUUAAAACUAGUACUUUUUGGUAAAUUAUUUUUCUUUAUAUUACAUCUAUAAAUCUGUAUAAAAAGUAUUUGAAUGGAUAUAUCUUUUUUGCUUUCAUACUUAAUAAAUUGGGUCUUUUAUACAAGUAGGUUCAUUCACCCAGCACCUCUAGAAUUUAACUGUGCAAAAGGCAUACAUAUAUUAAAAAAACAAGUUAGACUCACAACUGUAUAGUUAAACUGAGAGUUUCAUAGUAGGCAGAUUCACGGGAUUAGAUUCAAUUGCCUACAUUGGCCAGAAUGUACAAAUACAGACUUACAACCAUCAGACACAGUAACAUAGGAAUAUAGAUUUCGAACUAAAAGGGACCUUUGAGAUCAACUUAUUCUCCCUCUCCUUUUACAGAUGAGCAGCCAGGGGCCAAAGGAAGUGAAUAGAUGACUUGACCAAAGUUUCACAAAUAAUAAGGAGCAGGCUAGAAUUUUAACCCAGAACCUUUGACCUCAUGUCUGCCCCCUUUCUACUCUGCCUUGCUACCAGAUGAGUCAGAUCAUAAGUUUCAAUUUCCCUUUCUGUGUAAGAAAACAUUUCAAGUCAGGCAAAAAGCACCUUCAUUUUAAGGAAAAUCUUUACAUGGCAGCAUAAAAAUACAACUGAAAGUUAGGUCUGGCCAUUCACUUUACCAAGGGAUUUUUCAUGACAAGAUGUAUCAGAGGGCACUUUUCAGUACCAGACAUCUCAAAAUGUUAAAAAAAGAAAUAGUAUCUGAUUUACACAAAACUUUAAAAAUACAUCUGUUGCAAAAAACAAGGCAUGUUUAUGUACUGAGUUGAAAAAUUACUGUGCAUUUCCGUGCUUAUUAUUAAUCUCUAGACUGUGUUGAAAGUACCAUUGGAAGUCGUCUAGUUCCUUCUGCUCAUUUUACAUAUGAGGAAACUGAGGCAUAGACCAGUGGAAUAACUUGCCUCACACCACACUGGUAAUAAGUGGCAAUGCAGGAUUCAAACUCAGGUCCUAGGACUCCAAACUCCAUGUUCUUCUGUCUGGGCCUUGGUCUUUAAGAACCAGCUAGUUGGGGGCGGCCAGGUGGCCCAGUGGGUAAAGUACCGGCCCUGGAUUCAGGAGGACCUGAGUUCAAAUCCAGCCUCAGACACUUGACACUUACUAGCUGUGUGACC